AUGACCACUUCUCACAGACCCCAGCUGGAGGCCAGAAGUGGAGCCAAAGGUGCUUCCUAUGUUCCCACUGGCACGCAACAUGCCAGACUGCUGCCGGGGCAUACAAAGCUGAAGCUGCGCAACAAGAAGGCUGAUCGCAACGCUGAGGUCGGUGGCGAGCUCUCAGAGGCCAAGACUGACGAAGUUGACUCGUCAGAGGACGGUAGUGUGAACGAGCCGGCGGAAGAAGCAGAGGAGGACGAGGAAGAAGACGAUGACCAAGAGGCGUUGCUGCAGGAGCUGAAUAAGAUCAGACAGGAGAGGAGAGGGGCCAAAAUCAACGACAAAGGCGAGCCCAUGGUGAAGAUCGAGGAUGGACUUAGCCAGCUGACGCCUGUGCCGAGCAGCGGGCGAAGUUGGCGUAAAUCGACGACUUUUGGUAGGAACAGAGUGCACAAAGCUUCCAACACACAAGGUGCUGAUAACGGUGCCGACUACCAGAAUGAUUUGCUGAAAUCAAAGUAUCACCAGGAUUUCAUGAGGCGCUAUGUGAAGUGA